UCUUCUUUUUGAAUUUCUGAAAUCAUGGAAUUUCCUUUAUAUAUUAGCUUUUUAUUUCUGAUUUUCUUGGGAUUUUUCUGUUCAUCUAAAGCUUAUACAUUCUAUGCUGGUGGCAAAAGUGGUUGGAUUUUAAAGCCUUCUGAAUCAUACAACCAUUGGGCUGAACGAAAUCGCUUUCAAGUCAAUGACACUAUUGUUUUCAAGUACAAGAAAGGCCAUAAUUCAGUUCUUAUAGUUCACAAAGAUGAUUACAUCAAAUGCAAAAAGGACAAGCCAAUUCAUGCUUUAAAAAAUAGCCAUUCCAAAUUCAAGUUUCCAAAAUCAGGUCCAUUUUAUUUCAUAAGUGGACAUGCUGACAAUUGCAAAAAUGGCCAGAAACUAAUUGUUGUUGUGUUAUCUCCCAAUCACAAUAAGACAUCUGUCGAAACGCCGCCGCCAUCACCAGCACCAGCACCUACAAAAUCAGCUGCAGCUAGUAUUGGUUCAAGUGGUUUGGUUUGGUUCUUUAGUUUGAUAAUUGCAGCAAUUUUUAGUAGCUUGGUUUAAUUGUUUAACUAGUUUAGUUUAUUUUUAU